AUUUGACUUUUGAACAAAUUCAAGAUCUCAAAUAUACACAUUAUAAGACUUUAAACUGGUCUUCUACACUUUAUUUCGAAAUUUAUAAGUGUUCCGAUGGUCGCGUAUUGAUACGAGCGUUAUUCAAUUUUAAACCAUUUUUGAUUCCGGGUUGCGAGAAUGAAUAUUGCGAAUGGAACAAAUUUAAAGAGACUCUUGGUGAUAAGAUUGGAUGCGAUUUUGAAAAGAUGUGCGCUUAUCCUUGA